CCUGUGUCCCCCAGCACUACAGGCGCACCAAGCAGCUGCCGCCGCUGCCCGCCUGCUGUGCGGAGCUGCAGUGUCACUGUGUCCCUGUGUCACCUGUCCCUGUGUCCCUGUCCCUGUGUCCCUUUGUCACCUGUCCGUGUCCCCCAGCACUACAGGCGCACCAAGCAGCUGCCGCCGCUGCCCGCCUGCUGUGCGGAGCUGCAGCCGCACGAGUGGAAGGCGCCGCUGGAGCGGGAGGAGCAGCGCCUGCCCUUCUGGCUCAAGGCGAGCUUGCCCUCCAUCCAGAGGGAGCUGAAGCAGCUGGCAGAAGAUGCCAAGGAGACGCCAACGUCUCCUGCUGGAGAAUCUGCCCUGGCGGGGGCAGAGAAGGAAUCUUCAGGCGGGGAAUGCGAUGACAAAUAUCCUUUGCUGAUGCCCAAGGGGCUCGUGCUCACCCUGAAACCUUUGGGAAACCGCUUUUCCCGGCGGCCCUGGAGGAGGCAGAGAUGUGCAGCUCUGAAGCCGGUGCUGAUCCGGCCCAGCCCCGGCCUGCAGCCCGGCCCCGGCGCCCCGGGCCUGCAGAAAAGCCAGAAAUCGCCUCAGGCAGAGGCCCCGCCCAGCCGGCUCCGCGGCCGCGUCCCCCGGCCCAUCCAGCCGGCGCCGCCGCCCCUCAGGGUGCCGGCAGUGCUGGCGGCCGGGGAUGCCGUGGAGUUCCAGAAUGUUCUGCCCGCCGGGCAGCCCAGCUCCAGGCAGGCCUUCCCAGGGGCUGUGGUGGCCUCAGAGGCGGGCGGGGCCCAGCCCAAGGUGAUGCUGCCGGCGCUGGGCGCCGUGAGGGCGCGCAGGCCGUGCGUGAGGAAAGGCCACCAGAGGAAAAAAGGGCCCAAAUGUGCCCCGGUGAUCAAAGCUGCCCCUGUGCUCCAGCCCUCCCCUGUCAUCCUCACCGUCCCUGCCACCACGGUGAAGGUGCUCAACAUUGGCAAUGGCUGCAACGUCAUCCAGCCCCUGGGCACGGCCGUGGGCCGCGGCGCUCAGGCCAUCCCGGUCACCACCCUGCUGGUGAACCCCUCCCCGUUCCCGUGCCCCCUCAGCCAGCCCCUGGUGACCUCGUCCAUCCCGUCCCUGAUUGUGUCCCCCAGCCCUGUGGGGAGAGAAGGGGAGGAGAAGCUGACCCUGCUCCCUGCUCCAGGAGCUUUCCCUGCGGUGGAGCCCAAGGUGGAGCCCUCGGAGCUCUUUGUGCCCUGCUCCACUUUGUCCCCGAAGAAGGAGUGUGGCACCAACCCUGCCCGUGGGGACGCUCAGGACAAGGGGAACAGCUGGGCAGCGGCAGAGGGAGAUGGGAACGCAUCAGAGCCUUUGCCCGUGGUGGAGCUUUUGCCUCACUUAGAAAAUCCCGAUGCCCCGGUGGAAAUCAAGUGUGAAGAUUUAAGUGAUGCUCCCAAAGAAGCCAGCCUGGCGCAAAAAAGAGAAAUUCUAUGUGCUGAAAGGAAGGAGGAGUUCAUGCUGGGCCUUGGCCAGGAGCUGAACAUGGAGGCCGCCUGCUCCUGUGGGGACGAGCCCAGGAAGGAGCAGAACCCCUGUGAGGAGAAGGCGGAGGAGCAGGGCCAGGCCGGGCCCUGCCCUGCCCAGGGGGAGCAGCAGGGGGAGCCUGGGGGGGCUGCAGGGCCCCCGGGCCCCGGGGGCUCCCCAAGGAACCCCCCUGAGAGGGAGGGCGGCUUCAGCAGCCCCCCGGGGGACUCCUCCAGCAUCGACGGGCUCUCCGUGGGGACGCCGGCCGGCCCCGAGGCCGCGGGGGACAGGGAAGGGCAGGAGGAGGAGGAGGAAGAUGAUUUCGAUGAUUUUACGCAAGAUGAGGAUGAGGAAAUGUCAUCGGCCUCGGAGGAGUCGAUCCUGUCGGUGCCGGAGCUGCAGGAAACAAUGGAAAAGCUGACCUGGCUGGCCACAGAGAGACGCCUGAGCCAGGAGGGAGAUUCUGAAGAGGAAAAUUCCCAGGAGGAGAACUCGGAGCCUGAGGAAGAGGAGGAGGAGGAAGGGGAGGGGAUGGAGAGCUCCCACAAAGAGGAUGAAACGUGCGGGGACCCCUCCGAGGAGCCCAAAUCUGCGGCCACCGCGGCCAAGGCGGCGUCACCACGGGUGGAGACCCUCAGGAGGCCGGCAGGGGAGGCGCUGAAGGCGCCGGGGCGGAGCCGCCGCGCCCUGAGGAGCCGCAGCCGGCGGGGCCGCGCCCGCGGCGGCCGGGACACCAAGCAUGUGCUGCUCUACGACGAGGACAUCCUGGACAGGGACCCGCUGAGGGAGCAGAAGGACCUGGCCUUCGCCCAGGCCUACCUCACCCGGGUGCGCGAGACGCUGCAGCACAUCCCGGGCAAGUACGAGGAUUUCCUGCGCGUCAUCUACGAGUUCGAGGUGGGCGCGGACAGACGGACGGCCGUGGAUCUGUUCUGCACGCUGCGGCAGCUGCUGCACGAGUGGCCGCAGCUGCUGACGGACUUUGCUGCCUUCCUGCUGCCCGAGCAGGCGCUGGAGUGCGGGCUGUUUGAGGAGCAGCAGGCCUUUGAGAAGAGCAGGAAGUUCCUGAGGCAGCUGGAGAUCUGCUUUGCUGAGAACCCUGCCCACCACCAGAAGAUCAUCAAGGUGCUGCAGAGCUGCGCCGACUGCGUGCCCCAGGAGAUCGCCGAGGUGAGCGGGAGCCCUGGCGGGCCCUGAGCUCCUGGGCAGCAG